AUUCAACAAAGUGUCGCGAAAUAAAGUGAAACUUUCCGUGAUCUCGACGACAUUUUCACGCAAUUAAAUCCUUAGAAAAAUCUUUGCAACCACAGAAAAACUUGCAAAAAUGCACUAACGUACUCGUAAAAGCCCGAAAUUAUCAGUUUAUCGGCUUAAAAGACUUUGAAGUGAGAAAAAAGUAAAAAUUGCGCAAGAAAAUAUUAAAAAACUCGUACUUGACGAAUUGUAUGAGGUUGUCUUUGUAGGGGAUUUCUUUGUGUUUCGCAUCUCUACGACGACCGCGACGACGACGACGACUACCGAUGAUUGUAACACAACAACAACAAAACAUUUGAAAUUGAGAUAAUUUCUACCUAAUAAUGACUUGUUUUCGGCCGUUUUACUGAUUACUAAUCUCGUGAAAGAAGCACAAGAAGAAAGGAAAAAAAAUUCGCACAAAAUUAAGUGCGAGUGUGUGAGAAGAAAAAAAAGUGCAGAAAAACUGUUAUUUACAAAUUUUUUGAGAAAUCUAUUGUUUUGCCACAGACAAAUGAACUGAACCAGGAAAAGUUUUUUUUAUUAUUAUUUUAAUUAACAUUUUCCAUACCAACGAGCCUAUAUACUCUCUCGCACACACAUUCACAUUGUUGUUGUUGUUUUUUUGUGCAUUUACGCAGCAAAUCACUUAAAUAGCGUCUAAUGUAUUGGUCUGUCUCGUGUCUGCUGCUACAACUUUAAUAAGCCAUAUAAAAUAAAUACAUGAAAAAAUAAACAGUGCAACGUUCGUGUAUGACGACUCGCAGCUGGUAAAUACAGUUCCUGCGUAAUUUAAUUAAUAAUUGUCGUGUAUGUGUUCGCGAGGAACACUAAAGUGAUCAGAAAUCUUCAUUACAUGUGAGAACUCGGUUUGUUACGUGUUUGCUAAAAAAAAUCAGAACCGAACAAGCCUUCUUCUUAUCUCUGUACUUCUACGCCUGCUUCGUCUUUUUUGCGGCAAUAUAAUGGGAAAUUGUCUGAAAUCCACGUCUGAAGAUGAUAACAUAUCCUUUCUUAGAGAAAAUAUCGAAACCACUCCGAGGGAGUCUAUCGAUCAAAAUGUCAUGCAACCGACUUACACAUCACAAUCCACGCAACAAACCAGCUUACAGCACGCCAGCGAGGAGGAACAAAUUAAGAUAGCGAAGAGGAUAGGACUGAUACAGCACUUGCCCACAUCUCUCUUCGAUGGCAGCAAAAAGAAUCGCGAGUGCAUCAUUUGCUUUGUAGAAUUUGAAAUUGGUGAUAAUGUUAGAUAUUUACCGUGUAUGCAUUUCUUUCAUCAACAUUGUAUAGACGAUUGGCUCAUGCGAAGUCUUACGUGCCCCGAAUGCCUAGAACCUGUGGACUCAGCGUUGCUAACCAGUUACGAAAAUUCCUAAACUAUUGGAAAUCCCCGCAAAAAACAGGUUAAAAACUAUUUUUUUUUGCCUAUUCUAAAAUUUACUUUCAUGGAAUGAAGAAAAAAUGUAUCAUAGACAUUGAACUAAAAAUUAAUGUUAAAAAAAAAUAACUUUAUACAGAAAAAAAAAUAAAUAUUAAAAAAAAUUAAUAUAAAAAUUAUGUAUGACCGAUUUUUACAUAAAAUAAUUUUUUUAAGACAAAAAAUGCGAGAAUAGAAUUACACAAAGAAUAGUCAUUGAUUUGAAUUUCAUUUUAAGUUUAAAAUGUAAAAAAAAAACUUUUGGUUUAAGGAUUAAAUUUCUUUUCUUAUACUUGAUUUAAAAAUAAAUAAUUAUCGUGACACGCCGCGUGUUUGAUGAGUCACAGUCACAUGAUUUAUUUAAAAUUUACUACACUCUAAAUAGGUGAAUACCACUAAAUACGAUUAUAAUCACGAGAAAUAUUUCAAACAUGAUGAAUAAUAAUAAACAUAAAAAAUUAGUGUCUUUCAACUCUUUUGGAUUAAAUAACAACAAAAAAUAGGGAAAAACGUGCAGAAAAAAUUAUUCAUGAAUAAAAAUAAAAUAACAAAAAUGUAGGUGGAUACAAUGCAAUAAUACAAUAUCAAGAGUCAUUCAAUCAGUCACUAAAUAAUUAUUUUAGAUAGCAAACUAAAUAAAAUAAUAAUAAAUUAAGCGUACAUUUAAAGUUAUUAUUAUUAUCAUAUUCGUACAUACAUCAUAAAUAGCUUUACAGAAAAAAAAUAAAUAAAAAAUAACAGCUAACGGAGAAUAAUUUUCUCGUCAUUCCA